GCUCGGCGUGUGCGCGUUGUGUGUAUGUAUGUAUGCCUGCCUGCCUGCCUGCCUGCAUGCAGAGAGAGAGACCCAAAGUACGAGAGUUCCAGGAAGUCGCAGGUUUGAUCCAUCCUUGCAUUUGCCUAGGACUCACUCCAUGCUCUUGGGGAGAGGAAAAGAGCGCUCGCCUUUCUUCUGGUAACUUCCCAACAAAGAAGUAGCCCAAACAAAGGCUCUCUCUUUCCUCCUCCCCUCCUGCCUGUCUCCUUCCCACUGCGUGGAUCGGCGUGGGAAACUUCCUCCUUUAGUGGGAGAUGAUGAAGAACUUCGGGUGGCUGCUGGCGCUCUUGGCUGCUCUGAAGCUGCGGCUCCAGCUGGUGUUUGGCUCCAAAGGGAGAGCGAGAGAGAGGCCGCUUUGGAACUUCACUCUGCUGCUGCCUUUGGGAAGGAGCAGGCUUGGACUCUCCAAAAACCAGCAGGGGUUUGAGAUCUACCUGUGAAGCUUUGGGAGUAGUCAAGUCCUGCUGGAACAGAAAGGAAUUGCUUCACCCAUUCUGAAUUGAGUGCACAGGGGUUCACGCGUGCCGCAAACAUGCCUAUCUUGAAGCAACUGGUGACAAAUUCGGCCAACUCCAAGCGCCGCUCUCGGGCUGACUUGACUGCAGAGAUGAUCAGUGCUCCCCUUGGAGACUUCCGUCACACCAUGCACGUGGGCCGGGCUGGUGAUGCCUUUGGAGACACCUCCUUCCUCACCAGUAAGCCUGGUGAGGGUGAACAGGAGGCCACAGAGGAGGUGAGCUCCUCCUCCAAGCCCAGCUUGCUGUCACGCAAAUUCCGCAGCAGUAAACGGUCUCAGUCUGUGACGCGCGGUGACCGGCGGGACAUGUUGGGCUCACUGAGGGAUUCCGCUAUUUUUGUGAAGAACGCAGUCUCUCUGCCUCAGCUCACGGAGAAGGAAGUGGACAAGAGUGGUGGGAAACAGCUGCCCAAGAGCCUCUCCUCCAGCCCUGUCAAGAAAGUCCCUGAGGAGAAGACCCCUGAAGAGAAACAUAUGAAUGGCGCAGCUGCAGCCCCCAGCUCUGGUCCCCACAGUCCUGGCCUGGAAGAACGGGCCUUUGGUGACAUAACUGACUUGCCCCUGGUGGUACCCAAGAACAACUAUGGCAUGAAGCAUGCAGAGUCCAUCAUGUCUUUCCAUAUUGACUUGGGGCCCUCCAUGCUGGGGGAUGUCUUGAGCAUCAUGGAUAAGGACCCAUGGGAGCAAGAGGAUUCUGGUUACCAUGGUGCUGAAGAAACCCAAAGGGAUGCAGGCCCUGCAGAACCAUCAGCAACCCCCUGGCUUAGCCAGGAAAGCAAACUUCCACAGGAUUCCUUAGUUCAUCAUGAUGACACCAGAGCAGCAACUUACAGUCCUGGCUCAGCCCGUAGCAUUACAAGUCGUUUGACUAUGGACAGCAGCUCAAUCUCCAGCUGUGCCUCUGUUGGGGAGGAACAGCGUAGUUCAGCCCCUAGAGGACCCAACCAUGCCAUUCCAGAGGAUGCAAGGCAUGAUCCUCCUAAACAGUCAGACAAGGAAUUCUCUUUCAUGGAUGAGGAAGAUGAUGAGAUAAGAGUAUAAGGCAGGCGUUUUGAGCUGAGAAGUUGCUUUGACACAAGAAGGAAUAACUUGCAAGAGCUUUUGGAAUAAGUGGCAUUGCAGAAAAGUUGUCAAAUCCUUUGCCAGCUUUCUUACUAUUGACUGCCAUCAUUCCCUUAAGUGGGCUGUUGGAAAUAUAUAUAUUUUUAAUCCCUCUCUAAGUGGAGCAGUUUGUGGGGAGGGGAAGAGGGACCAAGUUGGAAAAUCACCUUUAAAUGGUCUGUUUAUUUUAUGAACCUGGAGUUGCCUAAAGGAAAUCACUCAAGGAUAUUUGGAGAAACUUUAUUUCUAGGAGAGAAUUCCAGUAUAAUCGAGUAGGAACUACUUUUUUUUAAAGGAGUUUGUUAACUUAUCUACUGCCCACUUAAAGCAAUACAGAGCUGAAAUACUACAAUAAAGCUCAAAAGCACUAGUUUCUGUAUUAAUAUAUAUACAUUUCAUUUUUACAUUUUUACUAGUAUGCAUCUUUUCCCCCCUGUUGUCCAGGAGAAUACCAUUCUGGACAUGGCACAACAUUUUAAGGAGGUUGUACAUUUGUAAAGAGCAAAAACAGGGGAGCUUGAAAUAACCAGAUCUUCCAAAUAUACGUUUGGAUGCUAAUAGUUCUCUCCCUGUGGGCAGGCCUCUGGAAAGAUCUACCAACCCUGGAAUUUCAGCUAGACAUUUGUGUCUCUAAAAAACAAAAAUCAGAACUAGCAAAUCAUUGGGGAACACAGAUGGGGGGGAAAGAUUAUCUUUUGCAUUUUACCUUGGGACCCUCUUUUGUUCCAUCGGGGCUCUCUGUGUGAGAAUAGUAAAAAUGCAAGCAUUUCUGGAAUCAAGCCACUGAUUGCUCCCCUGCUCCUAAACAAAUGUUUCACCUUUGGUGACAAGGUUCUUCAUAGUGGCAUACCUUUUUGGAGGUACUUUGCUUAUCUGAUGCUGUUUGGAAUUUCCCGGUGUGAGAUGAAUGCCAAGGGUGGUGGCCAGUCGAAGUCAAAACUUUGCUCUGUCUACUCUCUCGCUGCCCCAAUCUCUCCUUCCCUCCACCCUGCUCCCUCCCCAGGCUCUUUCUCCUUGUGUAAGUCCGGCUGGGUUUGGCUGCUGAUGUGCAAAUCUGGAACCCACGCAGAUCCUAGCACAGCCCACUCACCUAACCCCACUUUUAAGCCCAGUCUGUAACUGAGGUUAGGGCGCGUGUGUGUCCUUAACCCCGGCACUGGGAUCGUGUGUGUGCUCGGGCUGCUUGCAGCCCGAACACACACACACAAGCAGGCCCCUAGCGCACCUGUCUCACAGGGGUAUCCACCAAUGCACCAUGCUUGUCGUGCUGUGCAUUGUGGGAUAUGUAGAUGCUGGGAUGCAUUGCCCUGGCCUACAAAGUUCCGUGCUGCAUGCAGCAACGUGGCUCAUGUGGGAGUGCAAUCCUUAGGGUGUCCUGAGAGAUGUUUGUGUUGCUAGAGUGACCAAUGGGGGCUGUUGGAAGAAUGUGGCUUGCCUGAAUUUCUGCAGAUCUAAACUGAGAGACCAGAAGUAGCCAAACAUAAUGCCAUUUCAUCCUUUCUUAAUUGAGAUUCUAGAAUGUCAGCAAGGCUGACGAAAGCACAAAGACCCAAGUACUUCAUCUUCCAGGAACAAGGAAGACAUUGCGCUGCUUCGUUUCCUUCCCAUUGAAACUGCUUUUCAGGCCCUCAUUCUCGGUUUAUUUGAGAGGUGUUCCUGUCAUUACUAUCUCCCAACCUUCCUUUCCUCCCUCCCCACCCACCCCACUUUCCUUCUUUUUUGUGCCUUGCUUCACAUUUUGCUGGGCAUUAAACACUAACUUUUUUGCUUUUUUUAAAAAAUGUUUUGUUUAUAUUUGAUGUCCCCACCCUUUGGAGAGUAGUCUUUCCCCCUCUCUUGGAUUGUGACUUUGUUGCGUGUGUACAGGUAUUUGUUCGGUGCACCUGAUGGAGUACUUUUAAAAAACUGAAGUAUGUUUUAAAAUGCAAAGGAAUUAAAAUCUAGUGAAAAAUUG